CGUGUGGGGUAAGGAAACUUGCCUCAGGUUUCCCCCUGCCCGAGGAGUCCUCUUGUUUGUGUGGUGAGCGGGCUACCCACUACUCUAUAGGACACCAAUGUGGUCAGACUGAGUCUCUCUCUCUCUCUGGAGAGGAAAUAUCUCUCUCUCUCUCUCAUGUCCAGCCUGUUGAUGUACGAUUCUCUUAUUGUUCCCCAAGCAGCUUCUCAUAAGAAAUUCUGCGUUUUUCUUGCCAUUGCCCUUGCUGUCUCGUGGUACGCGGGUAAGCUGGCUGCAGAUGUGGUGUACAGCGGCACUCUCUCCCAGACUGCAAACAAGAUAUGGAAAAUAGCAAAGGAACAAAUUCUAAAUGCACGUUCUGUUCCGAUCUUCGCAGAUCGACGUCCAGUCGAACACAACUGUAGCCACUCCGUGUCAUGCUCCAAAGGAAUGGCUCCUUUCCUGCUGCUGAGUGGCGUUGCACAAGUCAAGUCUCCGGAGAUUUGCUUCCAGAGCAAAGUGGUCAUGGGUGAAGUAAAGAGCAACAUUGGCGGAGGGAUGAACGUGGCUGUCCUGGAUGCUAAAUCAGGACAACCUCUACACACCAAAUAUUUCAACAUGUGGGACGAAGAUAACUCGGGACCUCUGGUUACAUUUCUGAAAAGAGCUCCGAGUAGGUCAGUGAUCCUGAUGGUUAUGUCCAACGAUGGCUCCACUCAGCUCUCGAAGGCAGCCAGGAAUUACAUAAGGCUGUUGGGCAGCAGCCAAAUACAGCAACUGAAAUCCAGCGGAAACUGGGUUUUCAUCGGAACCAAGGGAAUCUCGCUGCCCAAGGAGAUGAUCAGGGAGAAGAUUACCCACAGACAAAGAACCAAUAUUAAAUACAAAGACUGGAUCAGCGAGAUCUACCUGGAGGGCUGCUUCCCGUUGAAGACAUUCAAAGACAUCUGAAGGACUCAUCGGUCAGUCCCUACAAAUCCAAGUCUUAGGCACCUCCUCAUCUUCAGUGAGGCACAGGAACCAUCUUAAAAUUUAAGAGGAUCACAUAACCAGACUGACCACCGCUCAAAGUCUCAAGGCCAAUGAAACACAUCAUUAGCGGAAACUCGGAAAAUGUAAAAGCCGCUGAUCCCACUGUUUUAGUUACUUGCAAUUGUAGAUUCCUGUAGCUCUGUGGUUAGAGCACUCGCCUCGCAAGCGAGAGCAUAU